AUGGUGGUGGGUAGACAGAAGACGAAGAAAACCAAAAUAUGUGACCAUGGGAAGGAAGAUUUGAUAAGCCAGUUACCAGAACCUUUGAUAUCUGAAAUACUUUGUCGUCUUUCCACCAAAGAUGCUGUAAGAACAAGCCUUUUGUCCACAAGUUGGAGAAAUCUUUGGCGAUGGGUUCCUGAUUUGGACUUAAACUCUGAUGCAUUUCCCAACUUUGAUGCCUCUGUGAGUUUCGUUGAAAGGUUUCUUGUUUCCCACAGGGACAGGGAGUUAUGGAUACGCAGACUCCGGUUAAGUUUUGGUUAUCGUCAUCAUCGUCAUAUCUGUGAUAUCACGUCAUGGAUUGAUGCUGUGACUACAUGUAGGAUUCAGCAUCUUGAUUUUCGUUGCUGUAGCUAUCAUUUUCAUUACAUACAGAUACCCCUGAGUUUAUAUACCUGCCAGACACUGAUACACUUACGACUCAGUGGGGUGUCCUUGUGUAAUGCCGAGUUUGUUUCCUUACCUUGUCUGAAGUUCAUGCAUUUAGUGUGUAAUAAGUAUCCCAACGAGACCACCUUGCAGAAACUUAUCUCAGGCUCUCCAAUUCUGGAAGAUUUAACCAUCUACAGAACUUCGAAUGAUGAUGAUAAGGCAACUGUUUUACAAGUGCGCUCUCAUACGCUAAAGAGAGUCUAUAUUGAUGAUUUCACCCAAGUUGUGAUUGAUGCACCUCUACUCCAGUGUUUGAAGACUUCACUGUCCUCACCAAAGAACUAUCAGAUCGUUAAUUUGGGAUCCUCUGCCAAACUAGAUAUUGGUUUACUUUACUUUGGCCGUGCGAGAUACAGUAGCAGCAUGUUUCAUGACAUCAUCACCGACAUAUCGAGGGUCAGGGAGCUAGUAGUUGGCAAUGCUAUGUGGGAGGGAAUCUUUCACUACUCGAAAUCCGAACCAGUACUGCUUCAGUUCCGUCACCUAUCCCGUUUGAAUGUUAAAUUUAUUAAAUCUGGUAUUGAAUUAUUGCCAUUCUUUCUUGAGAGCUGCCCAAAACUAGAAUCUUUAGUAAUGGAAUUGGUUAAGGACCUAUCCAUGCGUGGUAAGGAAAAAGAACCAAAGGUGAUGUUUUCAACAGUGCCCCGGUGUUUGGUAUCAUCGCUCAAGUUUGUGAAAUGGAAACGUUCGAUCUCAGUGUAUGAAGGAGAAACAGAGCUAGUAAGAUACUUCUUGAAGAAUUCACAAAUGCUGGAGAAAUUAAGGCUAGAUAUUUACUAUACCGAAAAGGCCAAGUGUGCCUUCCUGCAAGAACUCCUUACAAUGCCAAGAUGCUCUAGUGUUUGUGAAAUUCAUUGCUCUCUGAUUCCUGAAGAUAAUUAUCGUUGA